AUGGCUCCCAAGAUCGCUAUUGUCUUUUACUCCAUGUAUGGCCACAUCCAGAAGUUGGCCGAGGCUGAGAAGAAGGGUAUCGAAGCUGCCGGCGGUAGCGCCGAUCUCCUCCAGAUCGCCGAGACUCUGCCGGAGGAAGUCCUGGCUAAGAUGCACGCUCCCCCCAAGUCCGCUCACCCCAUCGCUACUCCCGACAAGCUGAAGGAGUACGAUGCCGUGCUCUUCGGUAUCCCCACUCGUUACGGUAACUUCCCUGCUCAGUGGAAGGCCUUCUGGGACCAGACUGGCGGUAUCUGGGCCACCGGUGGAUACUGGGGCAAGUACGCCGGUCUGUUCGUCUCCACCGGUACCCUCGGUGGUGGCCAGGAGUCCACUGCUAUUGCCGCCAUGAGCACUCUCGCCCACCACGGUUUCAUCUACGUUCCCCUCGGAUACAAGACUACCUUCCCUCUCCUGUCCAACCUGGACGAGAUCCACGGCGGUAGCGCCUGGGGUGCCGGUACCUUCGCUGGUGCCGACGGUUCCCGCCAGCCCACUGCCCUCGAGCUGCAGAUCGCCGAGGAGCAGGGUAAGGCGUUCUACGACCACGUCUCCAAGACCUCUGCGGCCGCAUCCCAGCAACAGAAGAGCACGGAAUCGGAGACCUCCAAACCAGCGCAGAGUAAGCAGAGUGGACAGCAGUCGGGACAGAACACCCAACAGGCUAAGGACGAGACGAGCGAGGGACCUUGCGGUCUGCCCAAGAAGUGCAACAUUCUCUAA